AUGCCUCGUGAUGCCGGCCCCCGCAAGCCCACCCUCAAGCAGCUGGCGAAGCAGAAAGCGAAGGACAUCAAGACCCGGGAGCGCAACGAGGCGACGUUCGCAUCCGCCGUUCAGCACUCCAAAAGCACCAUACUCGACGUGGACAUGCGGUUCAUUCAAGACACGCUGACCCAGAACCCGACUUGGAUUUCUCCACUCGCUGGUCUGAUCCGCUCGGGCUCGUUGAAUGGUCUUCUGAAGGACGUUGCCAAGAAGGAGGAGACCGGUGGACUGAGAUGGAAGGGCAAGUGCACCAAAUGGGGCAGUUUGCCGCUUGAGAUGGCGAGCUUAAUGCUCAAGCAUUGCGGUGUGGAGCUCGCGGAGGACGUACAGAAGGACGAACCCGUCGUACGGACCCUCUUCGAGAUCCAGUUCUGGGCAGCCAAGUCGGCGUCCUUGCCAUCUCGUGCGGACAUUCGCUAUCAGUCCACGUUGGUCAAGUUAGCGAGGGCCCGCAUGGAGGACGUUGGUCGCAACUACAUAGCUGCGGUGAACUCGGCGGAGGCUAUCAGUGUUGACCGGGACAGGUACAACAUCUGGUCACUUGAGAACAACACGUUGUACUGCCACGUCUUUGCCACACAAGAUGGACACCCUCGCCGUUCCCGCUCGGAGUUCGUACCCAACGAGUCGUACCUCAGCCACGAGCUUCCUACUCUCCCGGACAACAAGACGUGGCAAUUGGACGACCCUUUUGCGGUGGACUGUGUCAUUUCAGAUGGACAGCAUAACUCGUUGUUCAGUUUUGAAUGCGCGAGUUUCUUUCCUACUUUGCCGGACAUGAAGGCCAAGUGGACCUUCGACUUGUCGUCGGACGCAGACACCACGGACGCUCUGAAAAAAGAGAUCGAGUCGCACUUUCUCCAGAGUUCGUUCUCCCUCCUCAAGCAGCAGGAGCACGCUGCAAACGCCGAGAAGAAGGGCACCAAACGAAAGGCAUCCUCGCAGCAGAUGCAGGACGACAUGGAGGACGACAACGAGCAAGCGGACAAUGAGGAGCACACGGGUGACCAGAUGGAAGAGGUAGCAGCUGGACGAAGCACACGUUGUACAGAGUUUGCCACGUCGAGCUUUGCAACGAUUGUUCUUUUGCAUCAAUGGCACCAGGGUAUGCGCAAAGAUGCCAAAUGGAAGAAGCCGGCAGAGGAGGUAUCCAAGCUGGCCGGGGAGUUGCUUCAAGGCCUCGCUUCCUUGUUCCUGCAGACCCCGCAGGACUUCUCAUUCACGUGGGACGGAAACACUCUGGUGCUGCCGUUCAAAGGAGGUUCGCUGGACGUGGACGAGGUUGUACUGCAAAACAGUUUACUUGCUAAAGUACUACACCGCGAUCGUUCCCGAUUCAUGGACGUGCUGCAGGAUGUGAAUGUGGACUGCACCCGUCGGACAAUUGGAGACACUCGCAAGUCAUCUAGUUUGAGGACGAAGUACUACUUGUUGGCGGCUUUGGCACGUGCCAUGGAUUCGUCGGACGACACGCAUUCCUGCUGGACAUCUUUGAAUGUGAAGCAAGUGAUGCAGCUUAGGAGCACCUCCGGAUAUCGUCGGUCGUCCACGAGUUUUCGACAAGAGGUUGCGAGUUCAUCGAAUGCCACACGCAGGACACUUACCUCCACAUUGCAAGGACAUGCGUUCACCGUGCAGGACAGCAGCGAACAGCAGGACGAACAAAAGAUCAAGAAGCACGCUUCUAUGGACGCACACAGGCUAGCACGCAUGGAGCGAUACGCCUAUGUCACGCAGGGCAAGUCAGAUUUCCUCUCGACGGACAUUUUGUGCGUGGUGGUCCAGAAAUCGUCCGUCUUGUCGGCUGAGCAGUGGAAAGCUAUGUGGAACAAGGCUUCCAAGAAGUUCCUCGGGAUCGAGAAACCCGUUGGACCUGGUCAUGCGGAGGACCGGCUGGCCACACUGUCUUGGAUGCAGGACAUAAACCACGGCUUGCGACCCAUUGGCUGGACUUUUGGCUGCUGCCAGAGCACGCCGGCCGGCCCCGCGGAGGACGACACGAAGGCUAAACGUGCACCGAUCAUGAUUUUGUGCACCGACCAAGAAGCAACACAGCUGGCGGCUGUCUCCUUCUUGAGGAACAAAAAGAGCCUCUGGAUCGAACACGUCUCGGACCCCGCCCACAGGUCGCACAACGACGUGGCUUUGGCCUUGUCGGCCGCUGGACUCCUGAAGUUCUGCACAUGGUGCAUCUCGCUGUACAACAUCAGGUAUGGACCCUGGCAGAAGGGCUCGUGGGCGUUGAAGAUCCAGCAAGCCGCAAAUCGCAUGAAGGACAACAUGGACCCCUCGGACCCGAUAUUGCUCCUUUUCUUCCCGGACAUUCUGCUGGACGCCGGCCUCUCCCCCCUGGACGACAACACGGAGGAGAAACGCAGGUCGUUUUUGCAGACAUUACCCGACAUGGACUGCAUCCGCAUCAAGGGCACGAAGGCCAGCAAGAGUCGGUUCAAUUCCCUGACGACGGCCCACAGCGCGCUGGACAAAGAGUGGUCGGUCUUGGCUUUAGUUCUCACGGUGGUCUGCUUGGAGCACAACUGGGCAGUUUCCACUAAGGACCUCUUCUCGCAGGACAGCAACCAGGCCCGUGCCUCGGUUCCAUAUGGUGGAAGCAAGUCUUCUGCCAUACAGGAGGCCAAGCAAGGCAUGGACCAGGAGCGGAAGGGCAGCGCGAACAGUCUACACUUAAUGACGAAGUUCGUGAUCUCGCAGGACAACAAGACGACAGCCAGGAUGAUGUUCCAGGUCUUGCAACCCGAAGAGCUUCGUUGUUCGCUCAUGCUCAAGCAGCUGCGUUCCAAAGGCAUGACGAAGGACUACUACUCUGGCUGGGCACACUGGUCUUGGAUGAGCACUGCAAAGGACCACGUCAGGACUUUGUCGAAUUUGGAAGGUUUAUCUCGUGUCGGCCUCGACCUGACACUGGCACGCGCACAACCCCCGGAGGAGACAGAGCUUGUCUGGCAGGACUCGCUCGCAGGCCAAAUGACGCAGUUGACACUACAGAUCCUGCGGCUGCGGGCCGGGGCACAGCUGUACCAUACUGGAGGUUUCGGUGCGACCGCAGGACUAGUCCAUGCUGAAGAGCAGUUCCGUCGGGCAAGCUUGGAUUUUUUCAAAGAGAUGCAGUCUUGUAUCCAGGACACGCACAGUGGUGGUUCUCGUAUGGCAAAAAAAUUGCUCGAAGGUCAUUUCUCCCAAGGGCCGAUUAGUCGGUACAUCCUCGCCGAUCUUUGCACUACCCGGUUUCAGAGCCUUACGGAGGACGUUGCACACGUAUUGACCAGCAUUUGGUCGGGCCUCUUGAACACGAAGAUCAUCGAAGACUGUAAUAAAGUCCAGCGCGAGGCCGAGCAACGACAUUCGUCUUCGAAGGACUUGGGUCGUUUGGACGGAUGGAAGGCUGUGACCCAACAGGCCGUGGUCAAGAUGUACGAGAGGGUGGAGGCACUGUCAACGGAGCUCUACCACACGCCGGCAGCGUUUGACGUGGCCAAACUUUUCUGCAAAGACACCGAGAAGAAGAAGAUUCAAGCAGUUCGUCGUCGUUCCGAUUCGUCGGUCAGCACGCAGGUCAGUGCCUCGGAGGUGCAGGAAGCACAGCUUCUUGCAGACGUGACGAAGACGAGGGACUGGGUCUCCCACAACCACGCCGAGGAACAGGAGGUUUUGGCUGCCUUCAGUUUACUGAUGAAGGCGUGGAGGGCCAAGCGAUGGUCGCUUUGUGAAGAAGGUUGGUGCUCUGGACUUUUGCCCGAAGGACAUGUUGUACUGGCAGGUGCAGACCCGUUGUUCAUCGUUCGGACAUACCGUUUGGCUGCACUCGCAUGGCCCGGCAAGAUCGUUAAGGACAAGGACCAUGAGUUUUUCGAAUUCAACAUGGGCGUUCGGUCUCUCUUUUGGAUGCACAGCACAUCUUUGGACUUGGAAGUGUUGCGGCUGCGAGUUGUUUCACCUCUGCGUGCCUCGGCUGCAGUACAGUUGAACAUUGUCAGCCCGACACGGACAUUCUCUACAUAUAUAUUCGUCCUAUAA